AUGCUGUGCUCGGGCGCGAUGGCGAUGACGACCAUCGUGCCGCACAACAGGAGCCAGCAAUGCCACGACGACGAUGGUGAUGUCAUGUGGGGCGAUCGCUACCCUCACGUUCGCGUGCGUUGGCCUGACCUUGUGGGGAUCACGAUGCAGCAGAGGGUGACCCAGCUGUACUGCGUGACGGAGUCCAUCUGGAUCCCCGCAGCCGUGGAGACAGUGGGCGGCUUGGUGUGGACAUGCGAUAGGAGCCCGUUCAACAAAAGAGGUGACGCAGCCAGCGCGCAGUCUCGCAAGCGCUCGGUCGAGAAAGUUGGCAUCCUCAACAUUCGCGCUGGGCCCUGGGUUGUGCCGAGGGACGAGAUCGACAUCACUGUGUACGCGGAUAAGGGCUUGCAGGCUGCCGUGAAUGACGAAGGCAACGCUGGCAACUCAGUCGUGGAGGCGUCGUUGCGGGAUGGCCUCCAGAAUUGCAAAGUGUUCCACAAGCGAACCCCCGCGUACGUGCAGGAGUACCUCGUCGACGUUGGCAACGAGACGAACGACGAGCAGAGUUCGCGGACUGCCCUCCAGGUGCUGAUGUCCCAUGACAGCGUCGAGCCGACCUUCUUCCAGAAGAAGAAGCUGUACGAGUGGUCAGUGGCAAGCUUGGGCCAGCGGCAAUACGCAGAGAAGAGGUUCGAGGUCGCUGAGAGCAUGUUCGUUAACCGUUGGCGUUCGAGCCACCAGUCUGAUCAGGGCCUCAGCGCAUACAAAGAAGCAAAACAUAAAGACAACGUGCUGCCCUCGGGCAAGAGAGUCCGGGACGCCGUGUGGGAGCAGAGCCAGGCCAGCGUUGAUUGGAUGCACCCCGCGAUCAACGGCAAGCACUGGAAGGUCAUCGACAACUUCGUGCAUUGCAUGAAGCUCGCGAAGAAAGGCUUCCCUGGCUACGCCGUGGACUUGUUCCUGUUGUCGUUGCCCCGCAUUCCGACCGCGGUCGCGGGGGUCUCAACCUUCCUCCCGCAGGGCCUGGACACCAGCAAGUUGCACUGUUUGACCGAAUUGCACGUCGAGAAUCUCUUGUUGCCCAUGGAAGGGAGUACGGCGCUGAAGGAUGUCGAGGCAGCGAGGGUGGAGGCUAGCGCCAAGAAGAAGGCGCACAAGAGGCGUCGGACCGUUGCUCUCGAGGAAGGGCCUGGCCUGGACUCGGCCAGGACCAUGGUGUGGCUGGACGACGUGACUAAUUUCUUGGACUACUGCUCUUCUAAGCUCAGGUGCGAUGCAGACGCGAUCAACAGCAUGAAGUAUAUUUCAAUGUAUGCGACUUCCACUGGCUCCGCAUGCCUCUACUCUCAGCCCAACGGCCAGAAACAGACCGUCAUCACCAAGUGGAGCACUCUGAGAAAUAUAAUGAAGAAGGAUGCUUAUCGGCGAUCCCAGCUUCAGCCGAGGCCGACGGACCCUGACUUCAACGUGGGCGAGACCUUGGACGCCGCGCCGAUUCAGGACGACGUUCACGUCCCCCCCGAGGACAUGAUCUCCGACUACUUGCCUGUCGUUGGGGGCAUCGUGGCGCACUUGAAGAAACGCCCGCCCGAUGACGAGGAGUCCUGGAAGACCACGGUCGCCCAGGGAGUCUGGGCCGUGGUGAUGAGUAGCAUGGCCAAGAUCUACAGCGAUAAGGGCUGCAGCCCUGGGGCUGCUUCGAAGUACGUGGUGGAAGCGGCCGCAGACUUCGCGCUCACGCUACUUCCCUUCAAUGUCGACGUAGACUUCGAGAAGUUGCUGCGGGCGAUCAAGGACAUGAAGUCGGAUGUUCCCGAAGUCAUCGGCAAUGAGGUAAUGAAGGUGCUCGAAGUGUGCAAGGACUCGUUCAAGUUCUGCAGUGGUGCGCAGGAUGAAGAACCCUGGGUGGUUGGGACCGAAGCAACCUACAACCCGACGUUCCCCGAUGCCCUCGACAAGCUCUACGGCGCAGUUCUGACGUUCGUGGCGCACGACACCGCGGCCCUCGAGAACGACGCGGCGGCUUUCAAGGAGAGGAUCUGCAAGAUGAAGGGCACGGACCUCGGCGCCAUGUGCAAGCAGGAGAAGUGCAACUUCUCAGUCCCGAAGUCGCACGACAUGUUCCCUGAGCAGAAGCAGGCCGCGCUGAAUGAAAUCGUGAAGUGUUGGGAGGCCACCUACCCCGACUUCAAUAUCGUCAAGCUCGCUGGCCGCUGCGUGAAGGGCGAAGCUUCGCCUGCCGAUGUCAUGGGGGGCCUGCAUCUCUCGAUGCCAGCUCCGCCCGCGGGCGCUUGCGCCGGGGGCGCCGCCGCGGCGGCGUCGAGCGGCGACCUUCCCGCGGAGGUCACCUGCGAAGACGACGAGGACAAGACGCACUAUGUCGAUCAGUGGUUCAAGAAGGCGUGCGAGGCGGAGGUUGGCAUUGAGAAGGAGGUGGAGCUCAAGCCGCCAGGGGCGUGUGCGGUCGCAUCCCCCCCAUUCUCAGCGGUUUUCCUUCGCCGCUUGAUCAACCAAGUGCAGGAGAAGCUCUUCCCGCUGCACCUUGAUCCCAAGUUGCAGGGGGUCGGCUCGGAGAAGCUGGUGCUGGAGCAGAAGGCGCACCCAUCUUCCACGGCGAUGGUCAUCAAGCAGAGCGAGCCUGGCGACGUGCAGCUCAACUUUCGCGGCAGUGUGGUCGAGUACGAGGAGACGCGCGGGUUGUCUGAGUCGUCGCUGCUGCACCUUGGAUCCUCCAACGGCGUUUCGCUCUUCCUCAACGGCAGCAGGUUCCAGAACUUCGAGAGGAGCGACUUUAACUUGGCGUGGCUGGUGAAGGUGUCCCCAGACAAGAAAGCAGACGAUUCGUCAUCCCACGCGCCCGAGGUCAAGAAGAGGAAGAGCAAUACGAAGGAGGCGCCACCCGUGAUCACUCACAAGUUGGCGUUCGAGUCGGUCGAGUUCGACCUGGUGGACCCGAGGACCAAACAGGUCUACGCGUUCUCGUUCAAGAAGCCGCUCCUCGUCCCGAACCCCGACCUGACAGACGACCAGAAGAUCGGCGAGCUGCUGCGCGAGAAGGCCGCUGGCGUCGGCGAUGUCAUCGCAAAGAAGAUGCCGAAGGCUCCGACCACAUCUUUCGCGAUCUGUUGA